CGUGUUUCAACAAAGACCGUGAAAUAUUAGUACUACUGCUAUGAUUUUGGGAGACUUCUCUGCUUGUGUCUUCAUUGACGACCAGGAGCUCUUGGAGUAUGAUGUCAUCGUUUCUAGCACACCGACAGAAAACAGAACUACCUGCUGGAUCGCAUCGGAAGAAGGAAAGAAAUUUGGAAUCAGGUGGAAGAUUUUAGCUCAGCAGUCCUCGGGCGUCCGAUCAGUCGUCUCCGUUGACGGAGUUCGCUGUGGUAGACAAACUGUGCCCUCGGGCUGGAUUGGUACGAAGGAACGCACGAGUCAGGCUCGCAGGGAUUUCAUGUUCUCAAACAUCGAUUUUACCGAUGACGACGCAAUCCUCGAUGAUCAAAAUGCGAAUGACAUAGGUCAAAUCGCAUUGGAGGUAAAAACAGGCGAGUAUGUGAAGGCAAACAUAGUAAAACAUAGUGAGUCGAAAAACCACACUCUUGGUGUGCAAGAAGGCAAGGUGCACGAACGCUCCAAGAAGGCACACUCUCAUCGUGUUGCCUUGGGAUAUCCCCGUCAAAUGGCACGUCGGUCUGGUCAUGCCGGUGAUGUCACAUCCUAUACCAUCAUACCGGAUGACCAUCCUGCGACUGUCUUCAUGUUCAAAUACACGCGCUUGGAUGUUUUGCAGGCAAUGGGCAUAGCGCCGUCGGCCACAAAGAGUUCAGUCGACGAAGAGACAGAGAAUCAUGAUGAUGAAAUCGAGGUGUUUGAUGGACCUGAUUUGCCCUCAAAGGACAUCAAGCCAAGAAUCGAACAACUUGAGACGGAACUUCUACGUCUACGUGCGCAGCUAGCCUCAUCCGAGGAUCGGAAGCCCUCACGCGUGAAGUUGGAAUGUGGGGGAUCGCGACGGCAACCCACAUUUACUAAUGAGAUCCUCGAUUUGACUGAGGAUUAACUUAUGCCCUCAAUUGCUUGGGUCCAGGCUUGUUCCACCAUUCUGAGGAACUCGAUUCUCUGCAAGGUGGAGCGCGUGCGGGUGUACGUAUACUUUCAGUGGAGUUUGAAUUUUGGUAUUUCAUUCACUAUCGUUGUGAAUAUGUCUUUGUACUUGGGGCCGACUUCCUGAACUUUUGUUUGUCGUCGCUGGUCAUAGUUGUUAAUCUAAUCAUUUCUACUUUGUCACUAUGUAUCAGCAAUCCCACUGAAUUCCAG